CCAAUUCGUCUUCCAUCGUAUGAAUUUCGUAAUUUGAGCUUUCUUCCAGAUCCAAUUCCAUCAAAAGGGUCUAUUCCAAAAUAUGUUCUAGUUGCUGAAAAAAUCUAUGAUUAUAUUGAUUGUAAAAAUUGCCGAAAAUGUCGUUAUAUAUACAGUAACAAGUCUUUAACUAAUGAUGAACAACAGGAUUAUCAACAAGCAUUAGAGUCAUAUUCAUAUUCUUGUGGUGCACUGAUUUUUCCUGAUGAUCAUUAUUUGAAAAAA